AUGAAGGCUAGCUGUUCCGUCGCCCUUCUGGCCGCACUCGCCGGCAGCGCCAUCGCCGUGCCGGCGGAGCUUUCGGCCCUGAACCGGCGCACGGUCGCGGUUCUGGAGGCUGGUAGCGCAGACAAUUUGACCCAGAUAAACGCCAAGAAUCAUGCCAGCAUGGCCACGAAGAUGAGAAUGAAUCAGGCUCAGAACGAGGAGGUCAAGAAGGGCAUAGUAUUUGAAACCAAGAGCACCGUCGCGUCACUCAAGAGACUCGCCAGCAAUCGCCUACGGGAGAGGCUCGGCCACAGCAAAGUACAGUGUGCCGCAGAAGUCAUCUACUGCCAGAUUGUAUGGCACAGGGUCUCCUUCUACGUCAACCAGAUACAGCGUGCCGCAGAAGUCAUCUUCUGCCAGACUAUAUGGCACAGGGUCUCCUUCUACGUCAACCAGAUACGUUGUGCCGCAGAAGUCAUCUUCUGCCAGACUAUAUGGCACAGGGUCUCCUUCUACGUCAACCAGAUACGUUGUGCCGCAGAAGUCAUCUUCUGCCAGACUAUAUGGCACAGAGUCUCCUUCUACGUCAACCAGAUACAGCGUGCCGCAGAAGUCAUCUUCUGCCAGACUAUAUGGCACAGGGUCUCCUUCUACGUCAACCAGAUACGUUGUGCCGCAGAAGUCAUCUUCUGCCAGACUAUAUGGCACAGGGUCUCCUUCUACGUCAAGUAG